AUGUUUUUUCUUGUGUCACGCCUAGAUGAGGACAGGUGACGCGUAAAGGGCCUGUGUACAUUAUCUAGAAACGACGGUGACAAGAUUUUUAACGUGCGAGUUCUUUUCUGUGAGUCGCUGUCUUCCAGCAAUUAUGUUUUCAUGGAAUAACGCACUUAACUGCGAGUCAGUGAAAUACACAGUUCAAUGCCAAAAUGGAUGAAAAUGUGAUUCAAACAACGAUUGUGUGAAUUGACCUGCUUUCUGGCGCAGCGUCUGUUCCGUUUGUGUUUACGCGGCCUGUUUUUGAGGUGCGGCAGUUUUCGCAAGAUGGAGGAGACAGUAUUUAUACACAGGUUAUACAAAUAUGAAUAUAUAAAUGUCCAAUCGAAUGUUACAAUUGCUUUCGUCCAUGUAUUUACUCAGAAACAGCAAUUUAUAUAUAUAUGUAUAUAUAUGUAUAUAUAUGUAUAUAUAUACAUAUAUGUGACUAAGAGGGAUUUGUCAUUGGUUGUAUGCUGAUGCGCCAUGAUCAAGUGGAGCAAAACGUAGCCUUAAAAACAACAACAACAAAAAUAAAUAAAUAAAUAAAUAAAUGGGUCAUGGACAGAUGAACCUAUUUCAAAUAAUGAUCAGAGGAUUAAUUAUUGUAAAGAUAAACAAUCGUCACAGGUCUACUUAGACAAGGGAAAUGUGUUAUUGUCUGCGCUGUGUUGAGACAGUUUGUCCACAAGGCCUUCAGCUCAUGCUGGUUGAGGUUAGAGGAUGAUGUCUGCAGAAAAAGCUGCCAUUUUACUGUAGAAUAUGAGGGAUGCUGAUGAUCCUUCUGACCACUGAUGACCCAGACGUUUAGUCAGUGUGAAGCAGGAGCUGUGAGUCUCUGCCUGAAGCCAAACUCACUGAUUUAGGGCCUGAAAAUGGAGGAUCAUGUUAUUCUCAGCUGUAUGCUCUUGUCAAGGCCGUGUCCUCAAUAUGGAUCUAUCUUUACAUAAACAACCCACAAAAGAAUCAAGUGAAUCAAAUCCUUUUGCCAGAUUAUUAAAUACUAUUGCGGUGUAAUGUAGUGACAACGUAUAGGUGCUUGACAACAAACGUGGGCUUCUCUCCUACAUAUUCACAAAUGUUGCUGACAAUUCUAAUAAGUGUUUCUCAUUAUCUGCCUGUGCAGGAGUACGUUGUCUGUGUGUGUGUGUGUGUGUCGCCACAAGGAUCUCCAGCUGUUCCCCCUGAUCACACACCCACCUGCAUCAUGGCAGCGGCGUCGGUGAAAGUCGCUGUGAGGGUUCGACCCUUUAACUCCAGAGAGAUUGGGAAGGAUAGUAAAUGCAUCAUUCAGAUGACGGGGAACACCACAACAAUCCUGAAUCCAAAACAGCCAAAAGAAAACAAGAGCUUUAACUUUGACUAUUCUUACUGGUCCCACACUACGCCAGAGGACAUCAACUAUGCGUCCCAGAUGCAAGUGUACAGGGACAUUGGAGAGGAGAUGCUGCUCCAUGCCUUUGAAGGCUACAACGUUUGCAUAUUUGCAUAUGGCCAGACAGGAGCAGGCAAAAGCUAUACCAUGAUGGGACGACAGGAGCAGGACCAACAAGGAAUCAUUCCUCUGCUGUGCGAGGACCUCUUCACCAAAAUCAAUGGCAGCAAUAAUGACAACAACAUGUCUUACUCUGUGGAGGUGAGUUACAUGGAGAUUUACUGUGAGCGUGUGCGUGACCUGCUGAACCCCAAAAACAAAGGCAACCUGCGGGUCAGAGAGCAUCCACUGAUGGGACCCUAUGUUGAAGAUUUAUCAAAACUAGCCGUCACCUCCUACAACGACAUCCAGGACCUGAUGGACUCUGGGAAUAAAGCCAGGACUGUGGCUGCUACCAACAUGAAUGAGACCAGCAGUCGCUCCCACGCCGUCUUCAACAUCAUCUUCACACAGAAGAAACGCGACAUGGAGACGGACAACAGUUCAGAAAAGGUCAGUAAGAUCAGUCUGGUGGACUUGGCCGGCAGCGAGAGAGCCGACUCAACCGGAGCUAAAGGGACCAGACUGAAGGAAGGAGCAAACAUCAACAAGUCUUUAACCACUCUGGGCAAAGUUAUUUCUGCUCUAGCUGAACAGGACUCUGCACCAAACAAGAACAAGAAAAAGAAGAAGGUUGAAAAUUUUAUUCCAUACAGAGAUUCAGUCCUGACUUGGCUACUGAGGGAGAACUUAGGAGGAAACUCUCGCACUGCUAUGGUGGCUGCCCUCAGCCCGGCUGAUAUCAACUAUGAUGAAACCCUUAGUACACUCCGGUACGCUGACCGCGCCAAACAGAUUCGCUGCAAUGCUGUGAUCAACGAGGACCCCAACAACCGGCUGGUGCGUGAGCUGAAGGAGGAGGUGGCUCGACUCAAGGACCUGCUGUACGCACAGGGUCUGGGAGACAUCAUAGAGACGUAUCGCUGCACCGGCCCAGUCAUCACUGGUUUGAAAUACCUGUGCGAUUAUAAGAACUUUGUAAAUAAUCGCCAGGCUGUCGAUCAAAGGGGUGAUCUCUCCACAGUGACACACGCCAUGACAGGAAUGAGCCCGUCUCCCUCCAUUUCGGCCCUGUCCAGCCGUGCCGGCUCCAUCACCAACCUUCAUGAUCGCAUCUUCAGCCCGGCCAGUGAAGAGACCAUCGAGAGGCUCAAGGAAACUGAGAAAAUCAUUGCUGAGCUCAAUGAAACCUGGGAGGAGAAGCUGCGUCGUACGGAGGCCAUUCGCAUGGAGAGAGAGGCCCUGCUGGCUGAGAUGGGUGUUGCCAUGAGAGAAGACGGAGGCACCUUGGGUGUCUUCUCCCCGAAAAAGACGCCUCACCUGGUGAACCUGAACGAAGACCCACUGAUGUCUGAGUGUCUUCUCUAUUACAUUAAAGAUGGCACUACAAAGGUUGGCCGUGAAAAUGCCAAGAGUCGCCAAGACAUUGUUCUCAGUGGCCAUUUCAUCAAAGAUGAGCACUGCACAUUCAGCAGCACCAUAGGCCCUCAGGGAGAAGGAUGUGUCAUCCUUGAGCCAUGCGAGGGAUCAGAGACAUAUGUCAAUGGGAAGAGAGUGACCUCACCUAUUGUUCUGCGAUCAGGGAAUCGAAUCAUAAUGGGAAAGAGCCACGUGUUUCGCUUCAACGACCCAGAGCAGGCUCGCCUGGAGCGAGAGAGGACGCCGUGCGCUGAGACGCCCGUGGAACCCGUCGACUGGGCCUUUGCUCAGAGAGAGCUGCUGGAGAAACAAGGCAUCGACAUGAAGCAGGAGAUGGAGCAGAGGCUUCAGGAACUGGAGGAUCAGUACCGUAAAGAAAGAGAGGAAGCCAGUAACCUGCUAGAACAGCAGAGACUGGACUAUGAAAGUAAACUGGAGGCUCUUCAGAAACAGGUGGACUCUCGGUACCUGGAGUCACCUGAGGAAGAGGAGGAGCCUGAAGAGGAAGUGCCUUGGACAGAGCAUGAGACCGAGUUGGCUCUGUGGGCUUUCAGAAAGUGGCGUUUCUAUCAGUUCACCUCUCUCAGAGAUCUGCUUUGGGGCAAUGCCAUCUUUCUCAAGGAGGCCAACGCUAUAAGCGUGGAGCUGAAGAAGAAGGUUCAGUUCCAGUUUGUCUUGUUGACGGACACUCUCUACUCCCCGUUGCCUCCUGACCUGCUGCCACCCUGUGUGGCCAAGGAGCGAGAAAGCAGACCUUUCCCUCAGACAAUAGUGGCUGUGGAGGUGCAGGAUCAGAAGAAUGGAGCAACGCAUUACUGGACUCUAGAGAAACUCAGACAGAGGCUGGACCUGAUGAGAGAAAUGUAUGACCGUGCUGCAGAACUCCCCAGCAGUGCUGUGGAGGACUGCGACCACGCCCUGACCGGAGGCGACCCCUUCUAUGAUCGCUUCCCCUGGUUCCGUCUUGUCGGCAGGGCUUUUGUGUACCUGAGUAACUUGCUGUACCCAGUACCACUGGUGCAUCGUGUGGCCAUUGUCAGUGAGAAAGGGGAAGUGAAAGGCUUCCUCAGAGUUGCUGUGCAGGCCAUCUCAGCUGAUGAGGAGGCCCCUGAUUAUGGCUCUGGUGUGAGGCAGUCUGGCACUGCCAAAAUCUCCUUUGAAGACAAACAUUUUGAGAAGUUCCAGACAGAGACGUGUCCUGGUGUUAUGUCGCACUCCAACACCUUGCAGGAGGAGCUGAGAAUUGUGGAGGGAGAAGGACAAAAUGCUGAGAUGGGAAUCUCUGUGGACGAAGUCAACAACAACACUUGUGAAGCCACACUGGAGUCUCCUAGCAGCCCAUCCAAGAGUUUAGGUCUGGGUCUGGAUCUUCCUCUGGACCUCUCUCCAGAGAGAGCGCUGACCCACCUGAGGAUUGGCAGCACCUUUACCUUCAGAGUCACCGUCUUACAGGCAUCCAGCAUCUCAGCAGAGUAUGCCGACAUCUUCUGCCAGUUCAAUUUCAUCCACCGUCAUGACGAGGCUUUCUCCACGGAACCCCUGAAGAACACAGGCAGAGGACCUCCGCUUGGUUUCUACCACGUACAAAAUAUCACAGUGGAGGUGACCAAGUCUUUUGUGGAGUACAUAAAGACUCAGCCAAUCGUCUUUGAGGUGUUUGGUCAUUAUCAGAAACAACCCUUCCCUCCACUCUGCAAAGACCUGAUCAGUCCACUGAGACCUUCCAGGAGACAGUUCCCCAGGGUGAUGCCCUUAUCCAAACCAGUGCCAGCCACAAAGCUCAGCACUUUGACUCGCUCCACUGCGGGACCAUGCCACGCCAAAUAUGACCUCAUGGUCUUCUUUGAGAUCUGCGAGCUGGAGGCCAACGGGGACUACAUACCUGCUGUUGUUGACCACAGAAGUGGGAUGCCCUGUCAUGGCACGUACCUCUUACAUCAGGGCAUUCAGAGGAGGAUCACAGUCACCAUUGCUCAUGAAACAGGAAAUGACAUAGAGUGGAAAGAGGUGAAAGAGCUGGUCAUUGGUCGCAUUCGAAACACACCAGAGGCCGAUGAGACCAUCAUAGACCCCAACAUUCUUUCCCUCAACAUCCUGUCGUCUGGAUACUUCUGGCCUAAGCAUGAUGACAACGUCUCAUUGGGAGUAGAUCAUAGAACGUUCUACCGGUUUGAGGCAGCGUGGGACAGUUCCAUGCACAACUCUCUGCUCUUGAACAGAGUCACUCCCUACAGGGAGAAGAUCUACAUCACACUCUCUGCUUAUUUGGAGAUGGAGAACUGCACACAACCGACAGUGAUCACCAAAGAUUUUUGCAUGGUUUUUUACUCUCGCGACACAAAGCUGCCGGCCUCUCGCUCCAUCAGAAAUCUCUUCAGCACUGGCUGCCUCCGUCCCUCUGAGAGUAACCGUGUCACAGGAGUUUAUGAAGUCACUCUCUGUCACGUGGCAGACAAUGGAAGUCCAGGCAUGCAGCGCCGCCGCAGGCGUGUGCUGGAUACUUCGGUGGCGUACGUCCGAGGAGAGGAGAACCUGGCUGGAUGGAGGCCUCGCAGUGACAGUCUCAUCCUUGACCACCAGUGGGAGCUGGAGAAACUCAGCUUACUGCAGGAGGUGGAGAAGACCCGACACUACCUGCUGCUGAGGGAGAAGCUGGAGGCGACUCUGCAGGCCGGACAGGAAGUGCUGUAUAAAAGCAGUGACAUCAGCGACUUCGCAAAGAGUCCCGUCCUCAGCCACAGUCCGAGCAGCAGCCUCACCCCCGAGAGCCCCAACCAGAGGCAGAGGGAGCUGGCGGCCAAGUGUUUGCGUCUGCUGAUGCACACCUUCAACAGAGAGUACAGCCAGGUGAGCAGCAGUGCCAGUGAGAGCAAGCUGUCUGAGAUGUCUGCAUCUUUAAGGAGGGACUCAUCAUCGUCUGGACUGAGCACGCUUACUCCGUCCUCUACCUGCCCAUCACUGGUCGAAGGACACUAUGACUUUAGGCAUACUGAACCCUGUUCCGAGGCGUCAACUCCAGAUCUGGACCCGUACAGCCCAGUGGACAGAAAGAAAGCUCUCAGAGGAUACAGCUUUGUACCUGACAUACAGGAAAUACGUGUCAGCCCCAUUGUGUCAAAGAAGGGCUACUUGCAUUUCCUUGAGCCCCACACCAGUGGCUGGGUGAAGCGUUACGUGGUGGUGCGCAGGCCCUACGUCUACCUGUACCGCAGCGAGAGAGACAGUGUGGAGAGAGCCGUCAUCAACCUGUCCUCGGCAAAGGUGGAAUACAGUGAGGACAAACAAACCUUACUACGGACUCCCAACACGUUUGCUGUGUGCACUGAACAUCGCGGGAUCCUGCUGCAGGCUGCCAAUGACAAAGAGAUGCAUGACUGGCUGUAUGCUUUCAACCCUCUGUUAGCAGGGACUAUCAGGUCAAAGCUCUCUCGGAGAAAGUCGGUGCAGUCGGUUCCGUCUGCUCAGAGGAUGUGAGAGGUGAACCAGCUUUAUGGAGAAAAAAAACAAACGAAACAAAACAAUACAAACAUCAAAUCUCAAAACACUCAAAAUCCUGCUCUUAUGAACACUGAUACCGUAUAAGCAAACAUAUACAUUUAACCAUAUAAAACCCGUCUAUGUGGAAUCACUCAGUCACUCACUUAUCCCAACAAACUGUCCCCUCUCUCUUUUUACAGUCAACACUUCAGUCCCUGCAUGGUGUGUGCUCCCUCCUGACCGUUACAAAUAUACAUAGAUAUUUGAAAUACUAACCACUCAAACAUGUUAGGUAACUUGUCUCUGCUGGACGAUUGGACUAUAGUUCUACUGUAGUUUAUAGACUUUAAUUUUAUAUACAUGUAGAAACCUUUGAGGCCAUCCCUAUAGUUAGUUACUAUGCGCUUUAUCUUCUUUAACUGAAAUAAGGGGCAACACUUUACAUGGUACAGUAACAUUAUGGUGAUAGGAGCUAAAUAGUAAUGUAAUAACAUCUUAUUUCCAAAGUCACUGCCAAAGAAUGUGAAAGAAGUAUAUGAAUCCCCAUGGAAAAUCUAUAUGAAUAGGUAUUGGGAUAUAAAUGUGCAGCUGUUCACCCCCUGUAAAUACAUUUGACUGUUGUUUUAUAUACUCUGUGUACUAUUAUUAUUUUCUCAAAUUACUUCCUGGUUUUAAAAAAAAGGGGUUAAAACUAAAUUUACUAAAAAGUAAUGGAAUUGUAUGUAUUGUCAUUAUCAAGCUGUAACCUGGAUAUUACAUUGUUAAUAGUGUGGCGUUAUAGUAAUAUUAAAGAAUUGCUAUUGCCAUGCUGGAAAUGACUUGAGAAAUAAGAUGGUGUUACCAUACUAUUACUGCCCUAUUACAAAAUGAUAAACUCACUAUUACCAUGUUAUAACUAUAUUUAUUUAUUUAAUGUAAAGUGUUACCAGAUAAGGUCCCAACUAUAUAUUCAUGUAUUUCUAAAUAAUGACACCAGGAAAAGAGUGAAAACCAAAACUCCAAACUGGAUGUUUUUCCUUUUCUGUGUAGAAGUGUGUAGUUCCACAUACAUCUGUUAUUUAAAUACUGUAUAUUAUGUCUGUUUUGGAAUGGCUUGGUGCUCUACUGUAGAGUAUUUGUUUCACUGCAGAGGUUUCACAGAGUCAUUGUAACACUGAAGUAGCAUGAGGAGCAAUGUGGGACAAAAAAGGGUAAGUUUGUACCUGUUGUUGUUGCUCUCGUAAAUUCUCGUUUGUGACAGGACCACUGAACCUGUUUUGUUUAAUGGCACUUUAUUAUCUUUAUGUCUUGUAUCGUUUACGCAGUUAUUUUAACCAAAAGCGUUGUUUCAAGUCUUUGUCUUCUGCACACAGACAGUUUUUUUGGGGGAUAACAGAAAGUGACGCAUAUAGUUAGAAAUUUGCCUUCAUCUGAGACUAAGAUUAGAAGAUGAGUACAUCCUUGUGAGGUCUGUAUGCUAACACAUGUACAUAUACUGCACUUCUUUUUUGCUAUGUUCAUUAUUUCAAUGUGCUUUCAAGGACACAGUCCCCAUUUUAUGUCUUGUACCAAUAUUUUGUCUGUCCAGGAACAUUUGUUAUAACCUGUUUUGCUUUCUAAAUUCUACCUAGAAGGCAAAUUACUGUUUUUAUUCAGGCAUAAUUUCUUCAAGUCACCCGGUUACACUUACAUUGAACAACUAGAUCGAAUGUUUGGUUUAGUCUUUAAAAAAAUCUGUUAAGCACUUAUUGUGUCGGACUUGAGCCUGCAGAGUUGUUACAUGUAUUACAUUUACUAUUUAAGUCCCCUACUGUAGCUACGUGGAAAGUUAAAAAUGACCCAGGACCUGUAAUCUGUCGAGGGCAGUUGCUUUGAGUGGGCUUUUGCCCCCAUGCACCAGAUAGUGCCUCCCUUUCUUCACCUCUUUUUUUUUCUCCCUUCCUUCUUCAUCAUUGUCUCUGACAUUAGUUUCAAAAUGUCUGGUAUAGGAACCUAAUAUGUAGAGUAGUAGAGGACGUUAAGGGUCUUUUUUUUUAUAUUGAUGAACUACUGUAUGUCAAAUGUUUCGGAGAGUGAAUAUUAUCAAUGAUGCUUUAUAGUAUGUUGGUACAGUGAUGGUACAGUACAGCAUAGAUAUAUAUAUAUAUCCCAUUAUCAUUUACUGUAAACGUUGCACUUCUUCGCCUUUGUACUGUAAAUGCUUAAUAUUUUACAGCUUGAAACCAGUACAGUAUGAUUAGCUUUGUUGUUGUCAUGACGUCUCUGUCGAGGAUGACUCCUGGUUGCUUUUACUUGUUGCAGUUAUUUCGCACUGUACCAAGAUGACCCCGAAUGUUGGUUAUUUGUUGCCAGACAUCAUUUAAAUGACAUAUUAUACUUUUUUUUUUUUUGCAUUCAGAUGAUUCAUUUACAACAAUAAGAGACAUGGUCAGCCAGCCAUUAUGUCUUUCUAAUCACAAUCUCGUUAUUCAGACUCCAACAAGAAGCAUUUAGGCCUCUUUAUGCCACAGGCCAGCCAACCUGUUGAGCCAAGCAGCCUAAUGCUUUAAAACCAGACCAAUACAUCGUUUUAGUUUACACUACUUGAUAUUCUUUCUUUGAGCAACUGGGUCAUCUUGGUAUAAUCCACUCCAUUUGUUUGAUAAAUGGCUAAGAGUUAUAUAAUGUAUACCGUCUGCUGGAACAGAACACACAAUAGAAAGUUUUAUUUAUGCAGCUUCCAAGGAUGGAUUAUGUUGUAGAUUAUAAUAUAUUGCACUCGGGCACAAAGCAAGUUUAUUUCAUAUGAUUUGAUGGGAUGGUUUGAUUGAAUGUGAGGAAAAGACUGGGUUGUGUUUAAGUGUCAUGAAAGGAGGCGGAGAUUUGAUGCCAUCUUCACGUUGACAAUAUAAACAAACAGCACUGCAGCAAAAAUGCAUUGAUUUAUUUUUAUCAGUUUAUAACUGGCAGAUGUUGUGCAGUGCUUCCAGCCCGAAUUGUUCAAGGGCAUCAUGUAAAAAAACAACAACCCACAAACACUUGCAAGACAGUCAUCGUGCACUGGCCGAAAAUUGAAAGUUUAUUGAUUAUUUCAUAUUUUGGCUGCUUUUUAAUUGUCAUGUGGAUCAAAGCAUGCAGGUCCACUUAUCUUCUGCUGUACUCUGUCCCCUCUCUCCUGCCUUACUACUGCUUGCUAAUGACAACAACCCCCCCCCUCAAGUGCUGCUUGUAAAGUAUUGUCAUUCAUGAUCCUUGUAAUGACUAACUGGAAACCUUCCUCUUGGCUCUGUCUUGUAUAUAAAUGGAGAAUUUCUGUGUUGGGUCUCGUCACACAGAUGAUAUUAACUCUCUCUUCCCCUGUAUACCAUGAUGAAUUAGAUUAACUGGCCUGAUGCUUUUGUCGGGUGUCACCUCAGAAUAAACGGUGCUGACCACAGGUCAGUCUUUCAGCUUGGCGUGGAUGAAAUGGUGGUUUGCUGAUUCCAGGUCUGCACCGUUGCUCUGAGUUGACAAAUCGAAAGCAGUGGCAGGUCCCAGCCUGUGAUGACGUCUUAAUCUCAGUCCUCACGUUUAUCUUUUGAGUGUUCCAGAGUUUUUUCCUCAUAUCUGUGGAUAUGUAACAAAAAUUGUGAAGAAAAAAAAAAAAAGAAGGCAAAUAAAUAAACAAGUGUUGAAAACUUACGCAGCAUAUUA